GGUACGUAAGAUUUAAAAAAAUUAAGGUGUUAAUAUAAGUGAAUUUGAUGAUUUUUUCAGGGAACCGUUCUGGCCGUGGCGACGCCGAUGCGGAAUUUUCGGUGAGGGCCAUUGCUAGUACUAUUUUUUUAUGAACAAAGAGUCGCUCAUUUUUUGGUGUUCUUUGAAGCUUGAUUUCUGGGAAAUUAUAAAACAGGGACAAGAAACAGAUCAACCAAAAAAUAUGGCAUCAAUCGAUGAAGAUAGCGUUACAGCUUCUAUAGUAGCUACAAUAUCCCAAGAUCUGACAAUGCCUCCCAAGCCUUCCAUCUUCAGAAUCCCUACCAUACUCUCCAGGCAUAAGCCACAAGCUUACAUCCCUGGUGCAUUUUCUUUUGGCCCUCUUCAUCAUAACAAUCCACAUAUUCCAUACUUGGAACGCACCAAAAAAAUCAAAGCUAGGUAUCUGAAAAACCUUAUCUCUAGGUCACCCUCUCCUGAGACAAUGCCAAGAGAACUCGCGAGAUCCAUCAAGUCCGUAGAGAGAGAGGCUCGUAAAUGUUAUGCAGGACCAAUCGACUGCACCUCAGAUGAGUUUGUAGAAAUUUUGAUAACCGAUGGUUGCUUCAUCAUUGAGUUGUUCCGCAAGCAUACUUUUACUGACCUUAGAGAAAAAGAUGAUCCAGUUUUUACUAUGGCUUGCAUGCUUCAAUUUCUCUACAAUGACUUGAUAUUGCUGGAAAACCAAGUACCUUGGAUGGUACUUGAGCGUUUGUUUGCCAUGACCAUAUUGGAACGUGGUAAACAUGACCAAAAGCAGCUUGCGCAACUUGCCACAGGUUUUUUUUCUAGCUUUUUCUCAGCCACAUGGACUCAUCCUCCUUUGGACAUGAAUCGACUCCGGAUCGAAGACAUCAAUCAUAUCCUCGAUCUGCUUAGAAAAUGGUUGAUUUUAUCAAUCGAAGGAGACGAAAACGAGAGCAAAUCGGCAUGGCAACCCAUGCCUUCCUCCACGAGCCUAGUCGAGGCUGGCAUCAAAUUUAAAAGGGGCGAUCCCAACAAGAGCAUCCUGAGCAUAAACUUUAACGAUGGUGUCCUUGAGAUCCCUCCCUUACUAAUUCAAGAAACGACAGAAACCGUCUUUCGAAAUCUUAUCGCUUUUGAACAGUGUUACCCCAAUUGCGAAGCUAGGUUCACUUCAUAUGCGGUACUCCUAGACAACCUCAUUAACACUUCCAAGGAUAUCAACAUACUUUGCAAGAACAACAUUCUUAAUAGCUGGUUGAACCCAGAGGAUGCAGUCCAGUUUUUUUGCAAGCUUUACCACAAUGCUUAUGUCAAGGAAUACUAUUACCUACCUAUUUGCGAGAAAGUGAAUGAAUAUUGCAAACGUCGUUGCCCUAAAUGGCGUGCAGCUUUGGUGAGCAAUUAUUUCUUCACUCCAUGGGCUGGUGCUUCGACAGUGGCUGCUGCUGCGCUGUUGUUGUUCACAUUGGUACAAACUGUGUGCGCCAUAAUAAAAAAAUAGUCUUGUAACUUAAUUGUUAUACGUACGACUCGUCCCUCCAAUCUCCUUUUCAUUGCUACGUACAAAGUGGCCGGCUGGUGUUUUUUUUUUUCUUCGCUUCUUUUUUCUAAUUCGUAGGCAAGAGUGUUGCUUGCUGUACGUGCA